GUUUUAUCCUGUUGCUGGUUCCGCCGCGCCAUCACACUGCUUGCACCACACACGCACUCGUACCAUGCACCCGCAGCUGAGCGAAGAGCUGCGCCCCGAGUGCGCGCACCUCAUCAAGGCACUGCGCCAGUGUCACGAGGAGAACCCAAAAGCCAAGCUGAUGGGCGCCUGCAACGAAAUCAACAGUGCCUUGGACAAGUGCCUGAAGGAAGCACGGGAAGCGCAGCGACAAAAGAACUUGGCCAAGGCGCGCAAGCGCAAGGAGGCAUUGCGGAAGCAGCGCGAGCACCAGCAAUGACUGGCUUGCUGUGACAUGCGUCUGACAUGACUGUGUGCGCUUGCACGCAUGGCGCUUGUUCACAUCAGUCCUUUCAGUGCCUUUGCCAGUAGUUGCACUGCUUGCCUAUCUCUCGCUCUUAACUCCUUCCAGUUUUGUUUCUUCUUGGUGCUCCCGCCUCUUCUCCUUUGUUGUACAUAAAUCACCAGUAAACAACCAGCCCAC